AAGACAAUAGUAUUUACUCUCCGCCACAACCACUGUCGAUCUCCCUCUACCUAAUCCACUCCGGGGGGGAAAAAAUAAAAGGAAACCUGCCCUAUUAUAUAUUCUAAAGAUGGAGAGAGAGAGGGCGAGAGUGAGUGCGCUUUAACUUGCUAGUUUGCUACUGCUCUCUUCUUGGGAAAGCAUCGUUUCUUCUUGGGAAAGCAAAAGCAAAUGGGAGGAGAGAAGAUCUUCUAAAUUUACAGGGAGAAAAUGUCAUAGAAAAUUACUUUUACAUUAACAUAUAUUUAUAGAAAGAGAGUGUGUGUGUUUGUUUGUUUGGGAGAGGGAGUGGGGGAUUCGGUUGAUGCUUCUUUACGUCUGUCCAAUCAAAACCCUAGUCUUCGAAACUCUGCUAACUCCCUCUCGCUUCAGAUCCCUGCGAUUUCCCGUUCCUGUUGAUGCGCCGAUCUGCUGGUACAUUUUGGCUUUAUGUGAUGGGGGGCUUCUUCGGUUGGUUUUGUUCCAAUGUUGAGGAUUUCCAGUGGAGAUUGUGCUUGGAUUCGGCACGAUUUUGAUGUAUUGGCUUCGGAGCUAAUUGUUUACAAUGGCGGCUACGUUAGCGGCUUUCGAGCGCCCCAGAGCUGGGGCUUCCAAUACGGUUUUCAAAAGUGGCCCACUUUUCAUUUCUUCAAAAGGAAUAGGCUGGAAGUCUUGGAAGAAACGGUGGUUUAUCUUGACACGCACUUCUUUAGUUUUCUUCAAAAAUGAUCCUAGUGCACUUCCGCAAAAAGGUGGUGAAGUGAACCUGACUUUGGGAGGCAUUGACUUGAACAAUUCUGGAAGUGUUGUAGUUAGAGAAGAUAAAAAACUGUUGACCGUAUUGUUUCCAGAUGGACGUGAUGGCAGAGCAUUUACCCUAAAGGCUGAGACAUCCGAGGAUUUGUAUGAGUGGAAGACUGCCCUAGAACAUGCCCUUGCACAAGCGCCGAAUGCUGCCCUUGUAAUGGGACACAAUGGGAUUUUUAGGAGUGAUACAAAUGAUACAAUUGACGGGUCUUUUCAUCAAUGGAGGGAUAAGCGUCCUGUUAAGUCCUUGGUUGUUGGAAGACCAAUAUUGCUUGCACUAGAAGAUAUUGAUGGAGGUCCAUCCUUUCUUGAGAAAGCUCUCCGUUUUCUUGAGAAGUAUGGCACUAAAGUCGAAGGGAUUUUGCGACAAUCUGCUGAUGUUGAGGAGGUAGACCACAGGGUUCAAGAAUAUGAGCAAGGCAAGACUGAAUUUGGUCCUGAUGAGGAUGCUCAUGUCGUUGGUGACUGCAUUAAGCAUGUUCUUAGGGAGCUACCCUCCUCACCAGUUCCAGCCUCAUGUUGCACUUCAUUGCUGGAGGCUUACAAAAUCGAUCGAAAAGAAGCUCGGAUAAAUGCAAUGCGGUCGGCAAUAAUGGAGACAUUUCCUGAACCAAACCGACGUUUAUUACAGAGAAUUCUGAAGAUGAUGCAUACCAUCUCUUCUCAUGCUCACGAGAACCGGAUGACUCCAUCUGCUGUCGCUGCUUGCAUGGCACCUUUGCUUCUACGCCCUUUAUUAGCUGGUGACUGUGAGUUGGAGGAUGACUUUGAUAUUAAUGGUGAUAGUUCAGCCCAGCUUCUUGCUGCUGCAAAUGCUGCUAAUAAUGCUCAAGCAAUUAUUACAACUCUAUUGGAGGAGUAUGAUAAUAUCUUUGAUGAUGAGAAUCUUAACAGAUGCUCCAUUUCGGCUGAUUCUCGGAUUGAAAACAGUGGGACAGAAGAUUCAUCUGAUGAUGAAAAUCUAGAUAUGAAAGACAAUGGUUACCAUGAUGCCGAAAAUGAAGUUGAUCCAGAAACGGAUGACGAUGCUGAACGUGUACACAGUGGAAAAUUGAGUGAAAGUAGUGGUUAUGCUGGUAGUGAUCUAUACGAUUACAAGGCAUUUGGGGUUGACGAUUCAGAUGUUGUAUCCCCUAGCAAGAAAAACCCCGCUUCAACUGAGAGUACAAAUUUAUGUGUUGAUCAUGAACAAAUAAGAGAUCCCAAUGGUGACAUGUCGGAGGAGCGAGGCAAGCACAAGAAAGUAAAUGAUAAAUCGAUUAAUGAGGUGGACCCUCCAAGUGUAUCACCUACUGGUGAGUCUUGUCGAUCUGUGGGGGAGAUUCUUUCUUCAAUGGAUCCAGUGCAACCUUUGUCAAUGCCUGGAGUUGAAUUAAGUCCUGGAAAGCCAAUGGGAAAAGUUACGGCAUCUGCUGUCAAUGCGAAACGAUCAACAUUCUGGGGAAGGGGCAAUGCCAGAAAGACACCCUCAAUGGAAUCGGUUGAUUCUUCUGGAGAAGAAGAGCUUGCUAUUCAGAGACUGGAGAUUGCCAAAAAUGACUUGCAACACAGGAUUGCAAAGGAGUCUAGAGGAAAUGCAAUUUUACAAGCAAGCUUGGAGAGAAGGAAGCAAGCUUUGCAUGAGCGGCGCCUGGCACUUGAACAAGAUGUUUCAAGAUUGCAAGAGCAGUUGCAGGCUGAAAGAGACCUUAGAGCUGCACUGGAAGUCGGUUUGAGCAUGUCUUCUGGACAGUUUUCUGGUUCGCGUGGCAUGGAUUCUAAGACAAGGGCAGAGCUAGAAGAGAUUGCUCUUGCUGAAGCAGAUGUGGCAAGGUUGAAGCAGAAAGUUGCAGAACUCCACCAUCAACUUAAUCAGCAAAGGCAGCAUCACUAUGGUUCCCUCUCUGAUGCAUCUGACCGUUAUCAACACGUUCAAAAUCAUAAUCCCCAACAGAGAUUUCUUCCGCAAGAUUUUGAUACAACACUUGCUUACUGUAACCAUGACCGGAAACAGAGGACUGAGGAGAGUUUGUUGGGCACAGACUGGAGGAGUAUUAAAGGACAAGUGUUGGCAUCUGGUAGCAAUAUCAUGCAGUCUUCUCGAAAGCAAUUCAUGGAGUCAACAAGCUUGAGUGAUUCUAAAAGUACCGAAGCAUCCACAAGUAUUUCUAUGGAUGAACUUAGUGCUGUUGAUUCUGCCAUCGUGCCUUCCACUUCCAGAGCAGUAGAGAUGGAGUAUCCAAGACAUCCAUCUGCAGCAUCUUCUACAUUGGUAGAAUUGACAACUCGGCUUGAUUUCUUCAAAGAAAGACGUUCUCAGCUCAUGGAACAGCUCCACAACCUUGAUUUGAACUAUGGUACGUCUUCACAAGACUUUGUCUAUAGACCAUCGUCCCCACCAUGGAAUUGACUGACUGGAGAUGAUAUGCUUCAUUGACUGUGUUCAGAAGAGUCUUGCCUGACUUGUUAUUGUAUAUUCUUCUACCCGAUUACUUGUAUCUUUAUCCUCUAGCCCAACGUACGUAGUUUUGUUUAAUAUUGUGUGUUUCAUAUGAAAAUUUUCUCUCUUGAUUUUCCCUAAUGUUGUUGGAUUUUGGAUGAGAAAUUAUUUUCCAUUUGUUCUUGGGGUUUGUUCUUUCUCCCUUUUCUUUUAUUUAUUUUUGGUCAUAAACAAUGUAAGGAAGCAUUCUGUGUCUUGUCAAUAGUAAGUGGAGGUAUGUUAAUGUUGAACUGACACAUUUAUAGUGAACUACUUUUUUCG